AUGACUCAACAACUCACCUGGCUUGUGACAGGAUGUUCCUCUGGCCUAGGGGAAGCUAUGGUCAAGGCUAUCUUAUCGAAAGGAGACAGAGUGAUCGCUACUGCUCGCGCGAGCAAAGGCAUCAGUGGUUCUGAGCGUCUAUCCGAAUUGAAAGAAGCCGGUGCUGCGGUACUUGAGUUGGAUGUCACCUCUCCUCAGGAAGAGUUGGAUGAGAUAGCCAAAACAGCAUGGGAAGUAUAUGGGCACAUCGACGUACUAGUCAACAACGCUGGCUACGUUGAAAGUGGAGCUUUGGAAGAGAUGAGCGAGGAGCUAAUCACACGUUCCCUUCGCGCGAAUGCCCUCGGGCCUAUCAAUUUAACGAGGUCUUUUCUUCCUAUGAUGCGCGCCCGCAAGACGGGUACCCUUCUCUUUGUCGGCUCGGUCAGCGUCUAUUACACUAGGCAGACCAGCGGCACUUACAUUGGAUCUAAGGCCCUUCUCGAGGGAUUGGCGACCAACCUCGCAGUGGAAGUUGCUCCGUUUGGACUUCGCACCUCGAUCCUCACGUUUGGUCAUUUCCGCACCGGCAUUUUACUACCAAACAAACGACAGUCUCGUGCACCCAACAAGGUGUCCGAUUACGAAGAGAUAAAUAAUGUCGCGCAAGAGCGUACCAAGAAAGCUCAUGGGAGCUGGCCAGGGGACGCGAGGAAGGGAUGUGAGCUGGUGGUGGACGCUGUUCGAGGCGAAGGGACUUGUUCCGAUAGAGACCUCCCCUUGCGCUUGCCUAUUGGAUCAGACACAUUCGGUAUCAUGCGCGAGGAUCUUCAAAAGAGACUACAGGUCUGUGAUGAAUGGGAGGACAUCAUGUCCAAGACAGACUGUGAAGAAAUUAUUUGA